AUGAUAAUAUAUUGUAGGGAUCAAAAUGAUGAGAAUGAUAAUUCAUGUGCGAGAGUAGAUGCCAUUCUUAUUAGGAGAAAAGAUUCUAAAAGUCAUGUUAAAGUACAUAGAGUACUCAAUGCAUGGGGACCUCAAACAGUCGAUCAACAUGCUUUACAUAAAGCUACGAUGUCAGGACCGACCCAAACAAAUAAUAAUUACUCGUCCGUAUUGGAUGAAAGAAUCUCAACCACCGAAAAAAUUCUUGGAAUAAAUCGACCUGUUCCCAAAGAUGUAUAUGAAAGACUCAAAAAUAUCGAAGAUCGAAUAUUAUACUUAGAAGGCAUAUCUCCCGAAUACAAGGAUCUUUGGAAAGCGGAAGAUAUGAACAACCUCAAAGGAACAUUUAAACCAGUCAGGAAAAGGACAUAUUCUAUGGCAGAACUUGAUUCUAAACUGCAUGAAUUAGAAGACAAAUAUGCCAAAAGGGCGAAAUGA